GGACAUGGUGCUAGAACCUGCUAUAGUUGAAGUCUCCCAAACGCUUGGGCCUGGGCUGAAGAUAGGCAUCCUUGCUGGUGAGACACAAGGCUGCAAGGAGCUCGCAGGGCAGGUCGCCACGCGGAUUUGCAAAGAUCUGCGUCAAGCAGUCGUUGUGUUUGCUGGAUGCUCGGCAGUUCAGGACACCUUUGUAAACUGCGCAGACGGAUCGAUGGUUUACACACUGAUCCCAUUUGGUGGCAUGCUUCGCGUAGGCCAAGCGAUCCAGGCCGGAAGAAGCGUCGCAGAAACACAGACCGUAUUUCUCCGAGUUGCCGACAUCUACAUUGCGUUUGCCGGAGGGCCUCAGGUCUCCGAGCAGGCAAAAGUCGUGUACUCUCGCGGGGCUAUGGUCAUUCCUUUGUGCAGCGGCUUCAGUGACUCUGACAGUUGCUUCCCUGUCUGCGUUCUGAAAAAGCCAGCCUUUGUCAGAGAGGAUCAGUGGGCCCUGCUGACGGCCAGAAGUCAGCAGAAUCCAGAAGCUGUGGCACAUGCUCUGAGUGCAGUCAUCACAAGCGCAUCCCAGCUGAGAAGGCAUCCGGAGAGUGGUCCAGGUUCCUAUACUGGUCGUAAAGAGAAAAUGCGAGUUGAGCAACUCGCUUUGUCGACCUAUGCGAAGGGCACUCCCUGGCUCUCGCACUGCCUGGAUGGCAUUGGCAGACCUGCACUGGAGAUGGCCGGCAAUGUCAUCUCUGUUGCUGGUCCACCAGUGUACAGCUUCUACUCUUGUCUCUUCAAAAUCUACAAGGCUCUGCCUCGAGAUGCAGCCACCUGCCUGUGGGGUCUUGGGCAAUGCUUCUUCGGCGGCCACUAUACUGCCUUCUUCGCAGCAGCUGAAUCCUUCAAAAGUGCAGGUGGUGAUCAGAUGCUCGCGAGCCUCCAGGAUCUCCAGGUAGAUGUGGUUGCAGUCCUUCAAGCAAAUCCCAUCAUGGAAAAGGACGGCUGCAAAUUCUGGCCCACGUCGGCCUGGGAAAAGGUCCAACUGGUACUCUGUACGGUUGAUCCACAGCGUAUCUUUGAUGCCCUGGGAAGCCUUUGGACGGGUUACAUGGGAUUGGUACUCGCUCUAAAGUACAAGUUUGCAAGGACAGUGGCCUUCGCUCAUUCAAUAGGGGAUCACCUGCGACCGCUGGCUGCUAAAAUGCUAGCGCCCGCUGCUCUCGCAGUGACACCACCUGAGUACCGUCAAUGGAUUGAGCCGAGCAUCAACCUUGGCUGCAAGGCAAUUGCCACGGCUGCUGCUUGGAAGCUUCAACGUAUUAUCUCCUCCGUGCAAACGGGCAUUGCUGGAGGAUUGCUCGUGGGAAGGAGUGCUUGGUCGCUCCUGCUGCCUGCUCUCCAUCGCCGUGGAGUGGUUUCAAAACCGAGCAUGGAGGACUCCAUGAUGGACGAGCUCAUCGGCUGGAGCUUGGCUGUAUCAGGAAUAUACUACCAGAUUGUCCAAGGGGGUGGUGCUCCACUGUUCUUGCUGCCUCUGACGAUUGUCGAGACCUGGUUGCAGUGGUCCGUGGCCUGGCUGGCAGCGGAAUGA